CCAACAGCCCGUACCUGAAUGACAGAAUCAGAGAGGUGGUGUCUGACUGUGCUUUGCCUGUGUCUGUGCUCAUACUCUCCUUCACUGGCUCCUACCUUUUCAUUGACAUACAGCUUCCCGUGUUCAGUGUACACGAUGGUCCGAUCUUCAAGUUCCCUCCAUUUGAAAAGCUGUCAGGAAUGAAUGCACUGAGUGCCGUUGGUCUGGGGUUUCUGCUUGCUUUGCUCAUCUUUAUUGACCAGAACAUCGUCAUUUCACUGACACAUGUGCCGGAACACAAGUUGCUAAAAGGCACAGCAUUCCACUGGGACUUAAUGCUGACUGGCUUCAUUAACAUCCUCAUGUCCUGUCUGGGGUUGCCAUGGAUGCACGCUGCUUUCCCACAUUCCUCUCUGCACACCCGUCAGCUCGCCAAAGUAGAACAGCAAGUAGAGAACGGACACCUCUGCACGACCAUUGUUAGUGUGAAGGAAACACGCCUGACCUCACUGGUGGCCAACAUCUUGAUCGGCCUGUCCGUGUUCAUGCUGCCCAUUCCUCUGCAGUGGAUCCCCAAGCCUGUCCUCUACGGGCUCUUCCUUUACAUCGCAGCCACUUCACUGGACGGAAAUCAAAUGGUGGACCGCAUGACCCUCCUGCUAAAGGAACAG